GAGGUUAUUCCCCCGAAUCUUCUCUGACAGUUGGGAAUGCCCGGGGCCACCGGGAUGGCGCGCUCUCACCAGUGCGGGCAGCCGAGAGUUGCCUGUCGGUGGCCCGGGUACAGUCGGUGUCCGGAAAACACCUAAAGGCAGGUUUGGCCUUUGGAUGCCCCCCGGCCCAGGCGGGGGGCCCUGGGCUGUCGGGCGAGGGGGGCGCAGCGCUGAGCCCCCUGCACGGAUUUUCCGCAUGAAGUUGCCCGCGCGUCACAGGAGCGAAAUGUCAGAGAUUAAGAAUGACCCAAAAGAAAUCACAGCUUUGUUCCAGAGCCAAUGUUUAUACUCAAGUGCCUGAUGGAGGAUGGGGCUGGGUGGUAGCUGUUUCUUUCUUCUUCGUUGAAGUCUUCACCUAUGGCAUCAUCAAGUCAUUUGGUGUCUUCUUCAAUGACUUAAUGGACAGUUUUGAUGAAUCCAAUAGCAGGAUCUCAUGGAUAAUAUCCAUUUGUGUGUUUGUCUUAACAUUUACAGCUCCUGUGUCCACCGCCCUGAGCAUUGGGUUUGGACACCGUCUGGUGGUGAUGGUCGGGGGGCUGCUGGUCAGCGUGGGCAUGGUGAUUGCCUCCUUCUCACAGAAGGUCUACCACAUGUACAUGGCCAUCGGCAUCAUCUCUGGUCUGGGAUACUGCUUUAGCUUUCUCCCAACUGUCACCAUUCUGUCACAGUACUUUGACAGAAGACGCUCUGUGGUCACGGCUGUUGCUUCUACAGGAGAAUGUUUCGCUAUGUUUGCUUUUGCACCAGCCAUCACGGCCCUGAAGGAGACCAUCGGCUGGAGGUACAGCCUCCUCUUCGUGGGUCUCCUGCAGCUCAACCUCGUGGUCUGCGGGGCGCUGCUCAGACCUAUCAUCAUCAGAGGACCCGGGACCCCCAAAACCACCGCCCACGAAAAUCGGAAAGAAGUGCAAUACAUGCUUGAGAACGAGAAAACCCGCACCUCGAUAGAUUCCAUUGACUCAGGAGUAGAACUAACUACCUCACCUAAAAACGUGCCUGGUCACACGACCGUAGAGCUCGAGCCCAAGGCCGACCUGCAGCAGAUCCUGGGCCAGCCCGGCUCCAAGCCCGGCUGCCAGAAGGCCCCGCUGCUGGACUUCUCCGUUUUGAGAGAGAAAAGUUUUAUCUGCUACGCGUUUUUUGGUCUCUUCGUCACCCUGGGGUUCUUCGCCCCGUCCUUGUACAUCAUUCCCUUGGGCCUCAGUCUGGGCCUGGACCGGGACCGCGCUGCUUUCCUAUUAUCGGCGAUGGCGAUCGCGGAAGUGUUCGGGAGGAUCGGGGCUGGGCUGGUCCUGAACAGAGAGCCCAUCCGCAAGAUCUACAUCGAGCUCAUCUGUGUCGUCUUACUGACCGUGUCCCUGUUUGCCUUUACUUUUGCCACUGAAUUCUGGGGUCUCAUGUCCUGUAGCGUGUUUUCCGGGAUCAUGAUUGGGACGGUGGCGGGGACCCACAUCCCGCUGCUCGCUGAGGACGACGUCGUGGGGAUCGAGAAGAUGUCUUCCGCGGCCGGCGUCUAUGUCUUCUUCCAGAGCAUCGCGGGACUGGCUGGACCGCCCCUUGCAGGGCUGCUGGUGGACCAGAGCAAGAUCUACAGCAGAGCCUUCUACUCCUGCGCAGCUGGGAUGCUUGUGGCCGCUGUGUGCCUCGCCCUCGUGAGACCCUGUAAAAGGGGGCUGUGCCGCCGUCCCCGAGCCGGGGAAGGGAAGGCCGAGAGUCACCGUGGGAAAGCUUUACAAGACAUCCCAGAAGACUUUCUUGAAAUGGACCUGGGGAAGACUGAGCACAGAGCUCCUAUGAAAACGGAGCCCGUGUGACACGCUUGUCAUUCACACCAGCCUCCCUGGGGGCUGGAGGGGGUGGGGGAGAGGGGACCCAGGGCAGCAGAGAUAUGGACCACCCACCCGCUUUCCAGACUACACUCUAAAGGGAAUGUAUGCGUGAACACCACUACCAACAUCCUUCUUUUUUUUCUUGUAAGUUUUCCUUUUCGCUUGUUUUUUAAGCCAAAACAAAAACCACCGAACACCCUUUCCGUACGUCAACCUGGCUGUAUUCAGUAGCAAUACGAAGAUGCACAGGACUCUCGGGUUCGCAUUCCGGUUUUAAAAGAGUGACAUGAAUUGGCAAAGUGGUUUUAAGAGCUCUCACAUGUGAUAAACUACUAUCUUGGAAAAGGACAUCUGGCCGAGGCCAUUGAAAUGAAAUUGGCCAUUCCAAAAAAAAAAAAAAAACUUACAUCAUUUAAAACAUUUCUCAUUUUCAGAAAUAUGAACAAAUUGUUUAAAACCCUUUGAAAAAUACUGAGGUUUCCAUUAACAAAUUAGGGCCUCUGAAUUUUCCACAUAGUUCAUGGAAAUGAAGUACAGUUUGAGACCAAACAUUUGGCUAGUAAACGGAAAUUUAAAAAAUAUAUGUAACUUGAACUUCAUAAAUGUGAAGAUGACCACUUUUUUUUAUGGCCAGUCACUACCAGAAGUAUUUCAAUACAGAAUACACAGCAUAGCAUUCAAAAAUGUGUUUCCUAUUGCUUUUAAUUAUUCAGAAAUAUGUGAUUGUAGUGUCUUUAAUUUAAACCACUAUUUAUUAUUAAGUUAUUCUAGAAUGAAUAAAGUAAUCAAAAGAAAGAAAAUCUGAGACAUAAGCAGAAUUUUUACCCCCUUUCUGCAAUCCUUUACAUGCCUCAAAGAAUACUUCUUAACUUGUAAAGUGACUCUCGUAAAAGGCCAAGUUGUAAGGAUUCUUCAGUUUGAUUAAAGACAACGUGCGUCAUCUAAAGCAGGGGGCAACGAUGAGUAGCAAAUCGCCUUAGCUUUUUUAAAUGAUUUGUUUUAUCACCUAAGAAUACUUGAGGAUCUUCUUUGAUCAGAAUUAUAUUUCAUUGAAUUGUUGAAGCAUUUCUGAUUUUUUUUUAAAUCUCACUGUUGAAGCAUUUCUGUAUUUCACGUGGGAUAGCAGAAACGUUUAUUUUACCAUCAUGAGUUAUAUCAUAUAAACCUUGAUUGCUCUAUGUUACCAGAGUUAUCGGGUUAACUGGUCACUGUUUUCUUUGGAGUUACAUGACAUGUAUAGUAUGUCUCAUGUGCACAUUUUUCUGUAAAAGGGCAAGUAUGAGGGUAACAGGUUGGCUACGUACUCAUAAUGUCCUGAAUCUCACUCUACAGGUGAUGGUCAGUACUGCUGCUCCAUCUUUAUUCAUUUACUGUUAAUUUAUGACAACUCAGGGGGAAAAAAUAUAUAACAAGCCUAGUUUGGUUACAGGUACACACAAGCUUGAAUAUUUCUCUGCACUGAAAUGAAAGUGGCAUAGUUCAUCACCACCUGCUACGUUUUUGUAUAGUGUUUGAUCAGCCAUAGAAAUAGGACAAUCCGUAAAACUUUGGGGAGGGGCUGGGGAGGAAAUGACAACGUGUCUGUCAAAAACAGACACACCUAGAACAAGCUGGAUGUAGCAAAUCUCUGUCACUACCAGAGAAGGACUUGGAGCUUGUGGCACUUUUGCAGACUUCAUGACUUCAGCACUUUACAGCAUUUUUUACUAUGAACGUUCAAUACAAUUUAAUAUUUAUAUCUGGUUUCAGAGCGAUCUGCUUAAGACGUCCAUUCUGUUAAUUGCAUGGAAAAUAAAAUGUAUGCCAAUUUCAGUAUGUCAGUAAUCAAGGUUUUAAAUGUUUGGCAGAAAAUGAAAACAGGAUUGCUGAUUUGUUCUGUAUUCUGUGACAUUCUGGUACUUCUAGAUUUGCAAUAAAUGU